AUGGGCGCGGGCGCCGCUGCGGGGUCUGCCGGGAGCUGUAGUCCGGCCAUGCGCGCGGCGCUGGGACUGCGCCUCUGCCGCCGCCCAUGGGGCUGCCGCGCGCCGGGGGCCCCGCCGCGCCCGCGCUGUGUGGGACUCGGCUCCAGCGCGGCGCCGCCUUGCUGGAGCUGCGGCGGGCCCGUCCCCGGCGGGCAGCCCCGCUUCUGUCCCGCCUGCCGCUCCCUGCAGCCGCCCGCGCCGCGGCCUGACCUCUUCCGCCUCAUGGCCUGCGACCGCUCCUUCCGCGUGGACGAGCAGCAGCUGCGGCGGCGCUUCCGGAGCCUGCAGCGCGCCCUGCACCCCGACCGCUUCGGCCGGAGGCCGCCGACGGAGCGGCUCUACUCGGAGCAGCACUCGGCGCUGGUCAACAAAGCCUAUCAGACCCUCCUGCACCCCCUCAGCCGCGGCCUCUACCUACUGGAGCUGAGUGGAAUACAGCUGGCACAAGAGACAGACAGUGAUGCUGAUUCACAAUUUCUCAUGGAAAUCAUGGAAAUUAAUGAGAAAUUAGCAGAGCCUAGUAAUGAGGGUAACCUUGAAGAAAUUGAAACCUUAAUUAAAGCUAAACAAGAACAACUGACCAAGGAGGUGACGACAGCCUUUGAAAGGGAUGAUCUUCAAGAGGCUAAGAAGCUCCUAGCUAAAAUGAAAUAUUUUGCAAACUUAGAGGACAAACUAAAGAACAAGAAGAUCCCUUCCUGAUACUCCUGCAUUUACUGUUGGGAAUUAGUGUUAUUUUCAAUUAAACAUCUGAUUCAGUAACCAAAAUUGGAAAA